AUGCUAAGAGUCAUCAUAGCUCUGUUUUUCCUGGCUCUAUCCUACGGCCAGAGACUCGGCAGAUUAGGUGGCAAUGAUUUCUUCGGUGGAGACUUCAAUUCCGGUGGACGAGAAUUCCAUACAGAUUUCAACAACGGUUUUGACUUCGGAAACCAGAUCGGAGAUGUGGGCGGUUUUCAAGCUGAUUUCAUUGGAGCUCCGGCAUUAGGAUCAGGUCUUUCCGCAAACAGUCUCGGAAUUGAUAACUCAGAGUUAGGAAUUUCCACAUUUGAUGGAAUUCACUCCGACAGAUUUGGAAGUUUGGGUGCGCAAGGCAGCGGGUUUUCCCCCUCGUCAUUUUCGUCCUGGGAUAAUGGCGGAUUUGAUUCAGGUUUUGGUCAGCAAGAUUUCCUUGGCGGAUCUCAGUGGGGCGGCGGAGGUAACCGACGCUCGAGCUUCACUUCCGGUCCCGGUGGUUUUAAUCAACGAUCCUCCCGUCCGUCAUCUCAACGAAGGCGAAGAAGACCACGUUAUUAGACA